AUGAAAGGCGCGGUCAGCAGGAGGAAGAACGAGCCCGGAAGAGAGUAUCCUCACACUACGCCGUACCACGUAGGCCGGACCGGCAAAGGGACAAAGUCGGUGAAAAUCAACAGGCAUAAGACGAUGAUGCCAGCACCGCCGAUGCCUUGGAGAGACCGCCCCACCAAUAUCAAGCCGAUGGAACGCGACACGCAGCACAAGACCGUGCCCAGAGUGAAGAAAGCGACCGAGAUGGUCAGGCAUGGCCGUCGACCGAACACGUGGCUCAGAUCCGCUAUGAAUAGCAUCAGCACGGCGUUGGCUAGGAGGUACGCCGUGCCUAUCCAAAAGCCGUCGUACGUGCUGAGCUCGAGGUCUACAACGAUAGCCUAUGACUAUGAGCAUGCCAAGGAUGGAAAGUGUUUGGGAGGAUAUCGAACCUGCAAAGAGGUCACAAUGUGUCGGAUUGGAAGUCCAAUUCGACCUCGGCGUACGGCCGGCCGCGCAGGGGCCAAUUACGGCCCCUACUACCGAUUAUCGCGGCCUGCCCAACCUACGGUUGGAACCUCCUUUUUACACCUACGCAGAAAUUCAUAUAGUUCAAUUGAUCUCUUCGUCAACCCACGGUUCGAACCAAUUACCCUGUAA